AUGAAGGUCUUUGGGGCUUUUCUAGUCGCUCACCUCAUCGGGGAUGCUCUGGCAUAUCCCGCGGAGCAUUCCGCAGGCGUCACUUCGAGGGACGAUACCUCGCCCGCUGUCAUCUUUCCCAGGAAGCCCAAAGCCAAGGUUCCGCUGCCCCCUGGUGCCGCCUGGGCGAAGAAGGAAUGUACAGACAAAGGCGUGAUCAGUGCCAACGACCCUUCCGAGAAGCGGUGGAAAGCCCUCGACACCAAUAACGCCCUUAUCUGGGCCGGCAACUAUCACGAGGCGCAUAAGAAGAGCGCGAGAAUUCCGUACGUGGAGUACAUUUCGGACAUGUUCCACGGCCCGGAGGGUUGGGACUGCCAGAAGAUCACCAGCAAGAAGUGCAACGAGGGCGUCCAGUGCGACCAAGUUUCCACCCCGGCCAUCUACUUCGUGAUGAACUCCAUCUCGACCCUGCACGAGAUCCUGUUCAAUGCCUACUCGGCUACCGAUACCGCGAGGUCGGAUCUCCAAUUUUCAUUGGGGCCCUUCAUGGACACGUUCUGCCCAAAGAAGAAGCCCGACAUGGCAUUGGAGAUCUUCAAGACCAUCAUCGACACAGUCGCAUUUGCUGCCUCGAUGAGCUCGGCUUAUGUCUUCAAUAGGCUCAUCACUACCGGGCCAUUGCUGAGCAGCGACCAGCGUGGCUUGAUGAAGGACAGUGCCAACGCCGGCAUCGCGUACAUUCUGAAUGCAAACAAGGACAACUUAAAGGGCCCCACGAGCGAGAUCGGCAACCAGAACAAAAUGGCCGACCAAGCCAACAUCUACUUCAAACAGAUCAUGCACGCCUUCUCAGACUACACCGACAAGAUCUUCAGCGGAAAAGGCAACUACAAGCAGCAGCUCUUCAACCUGCUCAAGAACGGCGCCUUCAUGCCCAACAACAACCUCAACGUCAACGUCGAGGACCUCCGCAACGAGAUCCGCACGCUCGUCUACGGCCGCAUGAUCCCCCAGGCCUGGCGCAUGAGCCCCAAGAAGGCGUUCAUCCCCGUCGUGCUCGAGACGGACGAGAAGUGCGGCUCGGACAAGCGCGGCAUGACCAAGAAGGCCUUCACCGACAAGACGGCCAAGAGCACGCGCGUCUGCGUUGACGGCGUCUGGAUGUACCUCCUCAGCGCCCAGCCCUUCAACUGCCGCCCGCUCGGCGACGAGAUGUGCCCGCAGCAGGACUUCUUCGAGCCCCUGCCCGGCGGCACGCACGACGUGCUCGAUGGCAAGAAGUGGGGCAAGAUCAAGGUCGAGGACGUCGUCCGGUCGGUGCACGAGGGCUACAAGAAGAAGGGGCGCAAUGGCUACAAGGCCGACGGCAAGGACAUUGGCAAACAGAAGCCCAUGGACUACUUCUCCAAGGGCGUGCGGUUCCCCGGCUACUGGGACGUUCCGUUCUGCCCCAAGGGCAACUGGAAGGAUAUUGUCCUGCGCCUGAGCGACGGUUCCGGCAAACGUGGCCCUUUCUGGCCCUGCGAGAAGUGA